UCUUUAUUUUUAAUUUAGGAAUGAGCUAGCUUUAAUACUGUUAAAAUAUUGGUUUAGUAAAAACAUUUGACUCUAAAGCAUGCAUUAUUAUAAAAAUGUUACGGAAAAGCGACUUUCGUGUUCUUGUAGAUAUCAGUUUGUUAAAGUUGACAAUAAUUAAUUUUCUAUCCCUCUCUCUCCUCCUCCUCCUGGAUCAAGACAGUGACGUCUAUGUAAUACUAUCUACCAUAUGUACCACUUAGAAAUGUCAAUUUUAUACAGCGUAGGUAAACGCGUUUAUUUAACUUUAUUUCUCUGUAACCACAGCUUCGACAAAUGAAAGGAUAUAGAAUGGGUAAAGGUAGGAAGAACUCUCUUAUAAACAAUGAGAUAUAAUUUAAUUAUAGUUUACACAGGAUAUAUUAACUCAAAUAAAGCUUAGACAGCUUUAGAAAACUGACUAUAACAUGGUCGCUGGGUGCCGCCAAGUUAUAUAAGUCAGCGACCGAUCGUAAGAUCAGGCAGAUCGAAAUGUUCCUGUGUAUGUGUAAUGUUUUGACGGUAGUCAUAUUAAACCAUAUUCUACCUAUACAUAUAGGUAGGAUAGGAUCGGUUGCUUCAGACUGUUCAGAAAUAAAAGAACUGUUCUGAAGGGCAAACUGUUCCGUUGACUCAGGGAACGAGAGAAAAUUUAUCACUUUUAUCGAUAUGCCUAAUCUUACGAUCGACCACCAACAUAUAUAUUGAACAUAACGGAAAUAUCAGAAAUGCUUGCACGACUUCCUAAAUCUAACAUCAAAAACACACAUUAACUACGCGUAUAAAUGCAAUAGUAGCAGUCAUGCUAGCCAUGUGCCAUACGUGUAUGGCCUAUUGUAUUCGAAUAAAGUCCUAAGACAUUACAUUCUAAAUAAGGAAGCAUCAAUAGCCUAUUGAAAAGAAGACGUUAAAACGUGAUUAUUUAGUAUCAAUCCCGGUCUUGGAGGAACUACAUCUGCUCAAAAAAUAUGAGGCCCAAUUUUGAAUUUUUAAAGUUGAUUAUAAGGCUGCUCAUAUUACUUAUAUUAUUUGUGAUGUUAUUCAUUAUAGCAGCCAUUUUAUACAGUGCGAAAUAUUGGCCUGAUGUGUAUAAUUAUAUAAAUGCGAAUAUAACUAUUAAAAGAAUCCCCACUAUAUCUGAACUUCAUACGGUUAUAGUUCACGAAAGUGAAUACACUACAGAAUUAUAUUCAACAACACAUGGAAGUGAUUACUUAGAAGUAACAACAGAUGAUAAUGAUUUUGAUUUAAACUUUGAAGAUUUUAUGAAUGACGACGCAGAUGACAAAAGGAGAAAAAGACAAAUACCUGUGGAGGAAAUGAAAGUUAAUAUUGAAAUUAUCGAAGCUAAUUACGAUUACGUUUUCGACUUCGACAUAACUACUGAUUUUUUUAUUAAAGAUUUAGUUAAUGAAACCAAAUUGACUACGAUUGAACCGAAUACUUUUCAAAUCAAUACGAUAAACGACGAUUGUAUCAAAGAAAUUGAAGACAUAUCAGAAGAAAACUUGGCCAGGGCACUAAAGGAUAAACCAGCUGACAAAAUAGACUCUGUGUAUCCAUGGAUAGCUGCUGUGUUUAUAAUGAAUCCAGACAACAAACAAUUUGAAUACAUUUGCGAUGGCAUUCUACUCUCCGAACGUGUUGUUCUUACUACUGCCCGGUGUGUCAUCAAAGCUAAUGUGACAGUGGAUGCCGACAACAUUCUAAUCAUCAUGGGCAAGAGAUCCUUGCAGUCCAUGGGAGUUAAUGAAAAAGUUUUAAGGGUAAAAUCCAUCAAGAUCCACGACAACUUCGUUUCAACCAGAGAAAUGGUUGAUAACGACUUGGCGAUCGCCGUGCUGGCCGAACCCGUAGCGUACAACGUUGACAUACAGCCCGCUCCUUUGGGGCUAGAUGAUAAAUCAGCCCCGCUUGCAACAGCCACGACAGGCUGGCAUGCAAGUGGUCCUUUGCAACCGCUAUACUUGAAACUACAGUCUACGGAAAAAAGUAGGAUGGACGUCAACUGCAAUAAACUGUUUUGUGCAACUCUGGGUGAUAGUGAAACCACAUGUCCCAGCUAUGGAGGUUUGUUAAUAGAACGCCAGGACGAUGACCAAUGGAGGCUGAAGGGGAUAGCCAGUGGCAGCCCCACAAACACCGGCGUAUGCUUCAAUAAACAUCUUACGUUUACUAAAAUAGUAAACUAUCUUGAUUGGAUUAAGGAAAGUAUACAAAAAAUGUCUAGCAAAUAAAUUUGAAAUGUUA